CGCCUACAUCUUUAAAACGUCAACACAGCGCCAAACUACAGGCUCCUUAACAAGAAAAUGAACGCCUGUGUCGAGGAGCCGCAAUGGAGGAAAGUUCAUUCCGUUACCGGGGUGGUACCGCGCUCCAGACACGGACACCGUGCAGUUGCAAUCCGGGAACUGAUUAUUGUAUUUGGUGGUGGAAACGAGGGGAUAGCGGAAGACCUUCAUGUUUACAACACUGUCUCCAAGCAGUGGUUUCUUCCUGCUGUGAGGGGUGACAUCCCUCCUGGCUGCGCUGCCCAUGGCUUUGCCUGUGAAGGCACCCGAGUAUUAGUAUUUGGUGGUAUGGUUGAGUAUGGGAAAUACACCAACAGCCUUUAUGAACUUCAGGCCAGCCGCUGGCUGUGGAAGAAGCUGAAGCCAAGGGCACCUAGAAACGGCUUGCCCCCAUGCCCUCGGAUUGGACACAGUUUUACUCUUGUGGGUAAUAAGUGUUACCUGUUUGGAGGGCUGGCCAAUGACAGUGAGGAUCCCAAUGGCAAUGUGCCAAGGUACCUGGAUGACUUUUAUGAGUUGGAGUUGCAGGCAGUGUCAGGGGUGAGAGGCUGGAACAUCCCUGAGACAAAGGGUGGUUGUCCUUCUGCUAGAGAGUCUCAUACCUGUGUUGGCUACACUGGCCUUGGUUCCCCGAAGCUUUACAUCUUUGGAGGGAUGCAAGGAUACCGGUUAAAUGAUAUCUGGCAGCUUGAUCUUGACUUGAUGGUUUGGUCGACACCUGAAACAAGAGGUCCCACUCCACUUCCCAGAAGUCUUCACUCUGCUAAUAUGAUAGGGAAUAAGAUGUAUGUUUUUGGUGGCUGGAUCCCUGUUCCAGAGUCAGACAAACAUGUUUCCUCAGAAGCCGAAUGGAUCUGCACAAACUCAUUAAGUGCACUCAACUUUGACACCAUGUGGUGGGAAAGCCUUGACCCAGAGCAGCAGGAUGAUGUUGAGUCCCAGCUGCAGAGCCAGGGUCCUCACAGCGACGACCUGUAUGCCUGCAGGCCCAGAGCCAGGGCCGGCCAUUGUUCUACCGCUGUCGGCUCCAGGCUUUACAUCUGGAGCGGCCGUGACGGAUACCGCAAGAGCUGGAAUUACCAGGUGUGCUGCAAGGACCUCUGGUACCUGGAGACAGAUCUACCAGCUUCCCCAGAGCCAGUGAUGCUCAUUAAAUCCACUGUCAGCAUGCUGCAUGUUGCAUGGCGCCCCCUGGCUGCUGCAGACUGCUACAUCCUUCAAAUCCAGCCUGUGUUUCCUCCCGGGCCUGCUGGCCACAGUCCACUCGCCAAACCAGUCGAGCCAACCGGAGCAGAUGGGCAGAGUGGGAAAAACAAAUAUCCUGCAGGCAUCCAGUCCCUCCAGCCUAAAAAUGAAGGAAAUACGGGUCAAGAAGAAAAAGCAUCAACUCAGAAUAAUUUAGUGCAGCAGGAUAAGUCAGUUGAGGCCUCAAAUGGAUUAGAAGAAACUCAAGCGAAGGCAGAAAGAGAAGUGAAGGACUCAGACUCCAAACGCUGCACUGCUGGACAGGAGCCAUCAGCAGCAGAAAACAGCAGCUCAGCAGACAAACAAUCUGCUUCCACUGACAAAGCAGGAGAUUUGUACACUCACCCAGAUCAGGUUCAGGGGACCCCAGAUGAAGCAGUGUGGUUUGAUGUUGGUGUGUUCAAAACACUCUUCUGUGAGGUCAACUGCUUUUUUUUACCUGCUGAAAGCGACCAGGUAACGUCAACAGUCGGUGGUAGACCCACAAAUAAUAAAGAGAAGAAGCUACCUGGGCCUCAGGACUAUCAGGGGCGGGAGAAGAAGGAGCUGACUCCAGGUCAGACCUACAGGUUCAGAGUUGCAGGCAUCAACUGCUUUGGCCAGGGAGAUUUUAGCCCAAUCAGCGAGUUCAAGACAUGCCAACCCGGCUUUCCUGGAGCGCCCUCUGCUGUCAAGAUAACCAAGGCCAAUGAUUCUGUCCAAAUCAACUGGGAGGCUCCCACAUCGCCAUCAGGUCGGAUCCUGGAGUAUUCCAUGUAUCUGGCGGUAAGGAAGAGCCGCUCCUCAAGCUCGGAGCGGCCAGGUCAAAUGGCUUUCAUCCGGAUAUAUCGCGGCACCAAGACAUUCUGCUCCGUCAGCUCCACCAACUUGGAAAACGCCCACAUCGACAGCUCCUCAUCCAACCGGCCAGCCAUCGUCUUCAGAAUUGCUGCAAAGAACGAGCAAGGCUACGGCCCCGCAACACAGAUCCGCUGGAUUCAAGAUCCAAUUAAAUUGCGGGCACCUGCCUGCGGUGCUGAGGCGGACCAGGAUGCUGCAGACAGCUCCAGCUGAGAUGGUCCAGACCACGUCGUUGAAGAAAAUUGUUCUCUCAGGAAGUUGGCAAUGUAGGCCGCUCAAAAGUUGUACAUUUCCUAGACAGUUUUCUUAAUUUAUUUUUAUGUAUUUAAUUAUUAAUCUGUAAAUAGAGUCACAUGUUCACAGGAUGUCCUUACCAUGUGGCUGUUUCAUUUCAAAUGUUUUGUUCAGUAAUGAAAUGUAAAAUGGAGGCCAUUAAUCAAUAGAGAUUUAAUCCCUGACUAUUUUUAAAUGAUUGAAGAUGCUUUAGUGUGUAAUUCAGCAGCCACUAAUUCUUUAUAAGUCGGCAACACAGACAUGAAGAAAUGUUCCAUGGGUGGAGCAGGUUGUAAAAAGACUUUAUCACAUAGUCCUUUUUUUAAAGCUGUAAUAUGAAAUAUGUAACUACAUGGCAGAUGACUGAAUUUUUCUACAAAUGUAUGACCCAGUUCUAGUUAAAGACCUUUUAUGUUUUGUUUGUUCUUGCCAUUGUACAUAGCUGCAUGGUACUCCAAGCAUCUUUAUUUUUUGCAUGUUUGCAUCACUUGUUUUGUUUUCACUUAACUGCAUUUGGAACUGACAGAAUCAGAUUGUCUGACAGCUUCAUAUACUGGAGACUGAGACAUUUUCCUUUGCUGCCACUGUUUGCAUGGAGGAGCUUGUUAUGUAAUUAUAAAGAAUUCAUUGAUGUUGUAAUUACAUAAGACGGUAGAUUUUAUCAACACCUUCAGCCAUAGAGGACCUGCAAGCAUUCAUUUAUUUCCACAUACCAGGGCUGAAUAUUAAACAGAUUUUUAAUUAUUUUAAUUUUUCAUUAUUAGAGCCAGGCAAUCCAGAAAACUCUUAGAAAAAUAAGAGGAUGAGAAAUGUCCUGGUUUUCUAAAACGCUGUGAGAAAAUAUAUGAAAUUAGGUAGUUUUGGGAAAGUCGAAGCUAAGUGUCUAACUUCUGGUGUUGCUCCACUUUUCCAGACAGCUCCCUCCUCUUAUGCUCAAUCUGACUUGUCAGUUUGGAAACUUUCACAUUGCUUCUUCAACUGUUGCAGCUCAUGUUACAGCUGAACAUUUAUACUCGAAUACAAGUAAAAAAAAUUAGACCUCAGGCCGGGGAGAAGAAAAACAUGGUGUUGUCCCGUUAAAUAUCUAAACUGGAUAAUGAUAGAAUAAAAUCACUUUGGUUUUAUGUUACAUUUCUUACCAAAAGAUGUAAAAACAAAGUUAAAGCAACAAUGUCACAAAUAUUGCUGUUGUGUGCUUAUUUAGGACUGUUAUAUGGAUCAAGACAUUUUUAUUUCUCAUCUUUCAUCUAUCCCAGAGCUUCAUUUUUAUUUUUACUAUUGUUAAUUUUUUUUUUUUUUUUUUUUGUCUUUUAAGUUGAGCGUUUAUCUACAUCUGAGAGUUUAAUGGGUCAGCUGUUAGUUUUUCAAAGAGAAUAUUGUAUCCCUUUACCGUCUGGUUAAACUGCAGACUGAUCUUUAAAAAUCUUUAACAAUCCCUGUGGGAAAAUUUUGGUUGCAGCAGCACUGACGCUAAAGACUUUAGGCGAAGUGGAUUACUUUCAAACUGAAAACAAUAUUUAAUAUGUCAGAUUUUCAACACUGCUUGUAUUUUACUUGUGUAAAAGAAACAGACAAUAUUCUAAGUAAGAGAUAUCCAACUGAUGUGAAAUUCUCUUUAUGGUCAAAUAAGGUGGUAAAUGGGGACCAGCAGAGAGACAUGACAUGUUUUUUCAAAGCAGACACCAAAGAAAGUGCUGAAUUUGAAAUGACAAUCAUUAAUGGUAGUGUUUCUGGAUCUUUAGAUAUAUUGAAGCUGAAUUUAUUGUCACUGUGUUUGAUGCUUUGGUCAUUAAUGGAGAUGAGCCUCUGUGUGCAAGCACGACUGUUGUGAACAUUUUUAAUGUACUAUUGGAAGAAUACAGUGCGAUUGAGCUCAGUUUCUUCACAGACCUCACAGAGAUUAGGUUGGUCCCUCAUGUUUUGUUUGUACCAUCUCAGCUGAUGUGCAAAUGAAAUAAUGUUUAGGUGAAUAUAUGUAAACUGUCUUUACAUUUAUCUAUUUUUUUAAGGCGGCUAUUAUUUGCAAUGAAAAGAACUGGUUAAACACGUUGAGACCCUUUAACUUAUGAUGCAUUUAUUAUAUAAUCAUUUUGUUGCAUCCCUAAAUAAAUAUUUGAACACUAA